CCGGGGCGGGGGCGGGGGAGGUGAUGAGCUUGGGUCGGGGGCUGCGGCGGCGGCGCGGCUGCUGCGGCGGGAGGAGACGGCGGGGCUGCGGAGGGACUGACCGGCCGGCCCGGGGGGAUGCGGCGCAGGAGGUGUCGGGCUCUGGGUGUAGCUGAUCGGAGAAGAGAAGCGGCCGCCGACCGGGGAGGCCGAGGAGCGGCGGAGGGGAGCCACCCUGACAUGCCUUUGCCUCUCCCUCCUCUCCAGCGGCCAUGUUAACCAGAAAGCCCUCGGCCACCGCCACCGCCGCCUUCCCACCCGGCAGGGCCGGGGAAGGCGGCCGCCCGCUGCAGUCUUCCCCGGGCACCGGAGCCGGGGUCUCCCGGGCAGGAGCUGGGACCGGCCCGCCGUCGCCCCUCGCAUUGCCGCCGCUCAGGGCCAGCAACCCCUCGCACACGGUUGGAGGCAGUAAGCACACAAUGAAUGAGCACCUCCAUGUUGGUAGCCAUGGACAAAUCCAGGUUCAGCAGCUGUUUGAAGAUAAUAGUAACAAGAGGACAGUUCUGACAACACAGCCAAACGGACUUACAACACUAAGCAAAUCUGGAUUGCCAGUGGUUCAGGACAGACAGUCAGAGAGUGCUCACAGACGACAAGGGAGCUCUGGCUCUUUAAAAUCUACAGAUGGAACAGGGAAGGUGAAACCCUCUGUUAUGACACCAGAACAGGCAAUGAAGCAAUACAUGCAAAAAUUAACAGCUUUUGAGCAUCACGAGAUUUUUAGCUACCCUGAAAUAUACUUUUUGGGUCCAAAUGCAAAGAAGCGGCAAGGUGUGGUCGGUGGCUCCAACAAUUGUGGGUAUGAUGAUGACCAAGGGUCUUAUAUACAAGUACCCCAUGAUCAUAUUGCAUACAGGUAUGAAGUCCUGAAAGUUAUAGGAAAAGGAAGCUUUGGGCAGGUGGUGAAGGCCUAUGAUCACAAGAUGCAUCAACAUGUGGCACUAAAAAUGGUGAGAAAUGAAAAACGAUUCCAUCGGCAAGCUGCGGAAGAAAUUAAGAUCCUGGAGCAUCUCCGGAAACAAGAUAAGGAUAACAACAUGAAUGUUAUUCACAUGUUGGAAAACUUCACAUUCCGCAGCCACAUCUGUAUGACGUUUGAAUUACUGAGCAUGAACCUGUAUGAAUUAAUAAAGAAGAACAAGUUUCAGGGCUUCAGCCUGCCUUUGGUCCGCAAGUUUGCCCACUCAAUUUUACAGUGCUUGGAUGCUUUGCACAAAAACAGAAUCAUUCACUGUGACCUUAAACCUGAGAACAUUCUGUUGAAGCAACAGGGUAGAAGUGGUAUUAAAGUGAUUGAUUUUGGCUCAAGUUGUUAUGAGCAUCAGCGUGUCUACACUUACAUUCAGUCACGUUUUUACCGUGCACCUGAAGUCAUCCUGGGUGCUCGUUAUGGGAUGCCCAUAGAUAUGUGGAGCUUGGGCUGUAUUCUAGCAGAGCUUCUCACUGGUUACCCACUUUUACCCGGAGAAGAUGAAGGAGACCAGCUAGCUUGUAUGAUUGAGCUAUUGGGCAUGCCUUCUCCAAAACUCUUAGAUUCAUCCAAGCGAGCUAAAAACUUUGUGAGCUCUAAGGGUUAUCCCCGCUACUGCAGCAUCACAACGUUGUCAGAUGGCUCUGUUAUACUUAAUGGUGGACGCUCUCGGAGAGGAAAACUACGUGGCCCACCAGAGAGCAGAGAAUGGGGUAAUGCAUUAAAGGGGUGUGAUGAUCCCCUGUUCCUUGACUUCUUAAAACAGUGUUUAGAAUGGGAUCCUGCUAUCCGUAUGACACCUGGCCAGGCUUUGCGGCAUCCCUGGCUAAGGAGACGGUUGCCAAAGCCCCCAACUGGCGAAAAGGCCUCAGCAAAGAGAAUUACAGAGAGCACUGGUGCUAUAACGUCGAUUUCCAAGUUACCUCCAACUUCGAGCUCAGCUUCAAAACUGAGGACUAAUUUGGCACAGAUGACAGAUGCCAAUGGAAAUAUUCAGCAAAGGACAGUAUUGCCAAAACUUGUUAGCUGAGUUUGAAAAACCCAAUGCUGUUAAUAUGAGAGAUACAAUGUGGCUGAGCCUUAUUUGUAUGAAAAAGUAGCUCAGAAAUACAUUUUUAUUUGCUCAAUAACUUUAUUUGUUUGUAUCUUUCAGCACUCAUUUUAAAUGUAAAAAAUGUUGAUUUUGUUUUUAUAAAAACACGGGGACAAUGCUUUAAGUUUUUAUACUUAUUUUUUAAAAUGUUUGUCUUCUACAGUACAAUUAGCCUUACUGUAACUAGUGUGACACAGUAAUAAACAUCAGUGGCAGGCCACUGGUUACAACAUGACUGUCAUGCAUUGCAGCGUGGUAUCAAAGGUAUUAACCUUUCUCUUCCAUGGUUUAUAUUAGGUUUCACCUGGGGUAAAUUUGCAAGACUCUACCUUUUGGAUUUUAUAGGUAUGAGUCUUGAUUCUACAAACAUUCACACCUUCGUCUGACUGGACUCCAGGGAGGAUACUCAAAGAAAUACUGUUAAACACCUGUAAACUUGUAAUUUGAAGUGGAGCUGUAGUGUGUCACAUUGUCAUUUUCUAUAUGGUAGCCCAGAGAAAGCAGUGGUAUCACUAAUGAUACAGUCACCUCCUAUGGAACGCUUCCUCUGUUCAAAAGUAAUGUUGUUGAUUAAAGUAAGUAUUUAAAUAUAAUGCAAAAAAUAAGAUCUUCCAGGGCUAAAAUGACUCCUACCUUGCAUGCUGUGUGGUAGAGUGAGAGAAAUGGGCAAUCUCAGAAAGACUGAAGAUGGAAGUAUGUCUGUUCUUCUGAAUCUGAAAGUGACUGCUGAGUUGGUAAAGCAGAAUGUUCUGGACCUCAUUUCAGGUAUAUAACAUUAAGCGUUCACACUGGGCUUCUCUCUCUUUUUUUUUUUUCCUCUCCUUUUUCUUUUUUUCUCCUAAUAAGCAGCUUAGCUUCCUUAAAUCACGUAGACAGAACUGCUUGUUCUAUCACUUUUAUACUGUAACUUCCAGACUGUUAUGCUACAUGGAUUUCACAGAUUGCUUUUAUUUCUUAUGAUGAGUGACUGUGAUCUCUCUGGUACAUUUACACUUCGGAUCAAAUCUACAUGUAGGGGCAAACACUAUGUUAUGACAUUGCUUUCUGUAGAAAAGUACUUCACCUUAGACAGCAUAACUGUAAAUGGAAAGAUCCUCAGUGGAAAGCUUUUCAGUUGGCAGAGACCUUCCUAGAUACUUUCUAAUAAGGGAGAAUUAUGAAAGGAAAGUUAAAUGGCUAGAAUUUGAUUUAAUCUUUGGCAUUUGUAGCUGAAAAUUACUUUGAAGGAACAAUUAGAGAGAUGUAGGUUUGUUCAUGUGUGUGCUAAUGCAUGUUUUUUUUCUUUUUUUGCUUUAAGCUGCAUUCAUGGACACAUUCAAAGACAGUCUUUACUGAGGAAUAAUAUCUAGACCAAUGAGAGAAAUAUUCACACAUUGUAGCAUGUUUUCAACAGGAACAGGUUGAAAUCUAAGAUCAGUGUUUCAUCAUGGUCAAUGGCUGUAGUCUACAUUCGAUGUAUAAAACAUGAAAAGGGAAUUUUAAACAAAGUAGAACACAAUCUAGAAGGUUUAUGGAUAUUAGAACAAGACGUACUAGAAUGGAUUGCAUUAAACCUCAAUAACUUUACUAUAAGCAACACUUAUAUGCACAGAUUUUACUGAGUUACUUGUAAAAUUACGAAAAUACUUAAAGCAUGGUCCCCUGAGAGGCCAAGAAAGUUUCCGGUUAAGUUCUCCUUCAUGUUCAUUAAUUUACCACUUACAGCUUGUUUGUUUGUUUGUUUCUUUGGUUUAUUUUUUACUUAAUGUAAGACUGGGGGAGGGAUAUAAAUACAAAAUGACGGAAUUCUCAGGAAACAUAUCGCUUAACUUCUUGCCAAAAAGUCAACACCUAAACAAGCUCCAAAAAUGAUUUCUGAGUGAGGAUGUUAUUUGUUGAUUGAGAACUGUAAAAGUCAGAGCAUCAAUCAACCAUUUUUCUUACUUUUUUAAGAAAAAGGAUUGUUUCCUGCCUCUAGUCAAAUUAAAUUAUUUAGUGUUAAAUGUUCACAACUUUAUACAAUGUGUGUAAGUGCAAUAUGUAAACAUGUAUGAACUCAUGUUAAAAAUGAAAUAUAAUAAUAGAGCUAAGAAAAGUGGCGUUUUGAAUAUGAAUUUCCAGUAAGUUAUGGUCAGUAAAUUGUAAGUCUGGAAAACAGAUACUAAUUUUCAUAUAAAAUUUACCAACUCUCACAACUAUGGGAAUACAAUACUGUGUAUUUUUCUAUGGUAACUGGGAAUCUUUACUUCCCCCAUCAUCUACUUGGCUUUACCACUCCUUUCUACCUUAACUCUUCUUGCAGAAGUUAAGAAAUAGGGAUGCUUAUGUUAGGGAUGGAAGAAGAAUCGCCUUCUUUAAUAUGUUUUGAAGGGAACAUUGACACAUGUUCCUUCAUUUCUUGGCAAUUUGAGGUGAAAGCAUUCAUAAUAUUCAUGGGUCAUUAAUGGGCUAAAACCACUAAAUUUUGUUGAUCGUGUAACCAGUUCGUGAUGCCAAUAAUGCAUUUAUGAUCCACCUUCUUCAUAAAUGCUACCGGAAACUUUAAGGCCAAAAUAUAGUGUGCAGAGCUAUUUUUUUAACCCAGACACAGUGGAACUUCCUCUAUGCUAAAGGAGCAGUUACAUCAAGGUUUUAAAGUGAUGUAGUUGCUUUUUAUUGUAGCAUAUUUAUACCUGUAAAAAAGGAGGGAGGGGUGGGAAAGGACGCCUCUUGCUUUGAUGUGAUUUUAUUCUAAGGACUCUGAUAAUUAGGCUGAUAGAAGUUGGCUUGGAAACAGCGCUUAGUCUCACAUGUUACCAUUGUCUGGGGAUGUCUGAGCUAUUUUCAGAUGUGGUAAUAGCACAGUGUUGUCUUGUCUUUGGUUGCAGUCUCAUUUGGCUCAGUUUCUUGCACCGCUGGAGUGUUCAUUACCACUGAAGUGUAUUGGAACAACAGAGUGAUGCAAGAUGUGUAGAUUGACAAUAGAGGAUGGAUUGUGCCCUUGGUGUUAACAAUGUGCCUUUUGUUACUAAUGCCGCUGGUAGGGCAUGCUUCUUGGCCUCUUUAACCCUUUGAAUACUGGAUAGCAGGGAUGGAAUCUUGGAAUCUAUUUUUAAAUGCUGUACCUGUCUUAAAACAUCCUGUAGAUGAUCGAGGCCUUAACAGAAACAAUAAGGCAAUCACACUGCUGGGGUGAAGAGGAUGCUCUGUUCUUGUAGUACGUCUCAUUAAGGGGUUAAAGAUGGCCCUUCUUCAUUGGUAGUACUUUAACAUCAAAUUGAUUUUUUUUUUUUAAAUGAAUUUUUGUUAUGAUAACACUAGACAGAAAUCAACUGUAUUUGUAAAAAUUUACCUCAAACUCUUUAGUUUUAUAGUGUGAUUUAAUCCCAGGGCAUUUGGUAUGAACCAAAGUGCAUUCCUUUUAUAUGUGCCUGGCUCUUAUAAAGGUGGCCAGGGAUUUUUACAAUUUGAGUGCAAGGCACUUAAGCCACUUUUAACUUGGUGGGUGGUUUGGAGUUACAAAUGACUUCAUGGGAAUGUUGGAAACACAUUAGACAUAAGUAGCAUCGGGCAAUAUUAGAAUCUUUAGGAAAGGGUGUGCAUUAUUUAAUGCUCUCCAUUUUUUAGUAUUUUUUCCAUCAAUAAUAUUUGUGAUAAGUACAAAAUAAACCCUCUUUUUUUUUUCCAGUCAGCAAAGAUUAGAAUAUUGCCCAGUUUAAUGCUAUGGUAGCAUUUAAAUAAAAGAACAUUUGUGAGUUAUUGUUUCUAGGGGCUUGUACAUCUCUGCUACAAAUUGUAAUUACUCAGUUUGCUACAAUUACGUCUAAGCAGUAGCUUGGGUUUUUAUUGGGCAACAACUUAGACACGUGACUGUAAUAUGCUGCAACUGUGUGUACUGAAAACGUGAAAAGCGAUUGAAUGUGGACUGUGUAUAUAUGUAUGUAUAAUUUUCUGUGAGAUGCUGCUGUUGCCACUUAACAUUAAAGAUGUUGUAGUGGGUUUUAAUCCUAGUGGCCAGUUCUAUGAUACUAUAUGUAUUGUACAGCUGAUGACAGGAGUUAAGACUGUUCUAGUGAAUAUUUGUUACAUUUUAUUGUUGUGGCCAGAGAUCAUUUCAGAAUAAAAUUUUAUGUCCUACUUACUUCUCUCCACUGUAGUUUGGGUUUAUUUCUGGUUGUAAAGAGGGCCCUUGGAGUGUUGGCAUUUUUUAGACAUGGAAAGGCCUUCUCUUAGCCUGCCAGAAUCAAUGCCAGCAGUGCCUUUGUCCUCUAGCAUGCUGGUAUCUGUAUAUAGUAAUUGCCCAUUGCUGGAGGAUGACUUUGCUGCUGUUUUAUGUGGCUUGACAGCCUUGAAUAUUGCCCAAAGGUUGCUUUAGCUCUGAGGUUUCUAAAGGUCUUCUCAGAACUUAGAAAGUAAUAUAUUUGGUAUUAUUUGCCUCAUACUGUAGAGAAAACAUUAGCAGGAAUUUUGCCUGCAUAGGUGUUUUAAUAUUUUUUAGCUGCUUUUGAAAGAUCUUUUGAAAAUAACAAUAGGUCUGGUUAUAUAAGAAAUAUUUGAGAAAGGUGCAAUGUAUAUUCUUUUUCUUAAAAUUGCUUUUUAAAAGAUUUCUGCACGGAUUUUUGAGCCAGACAAGACUAUUCAGAACUUGUUAGACUUUGUAAAGACUGACUUCAAUGAGAAUGUACUACAUAAAGCUGGUAGACUAGACUGGACUAAAUUCUGUUCCCAUGUACAUCUAGAGUAAUUGCACUGUUUAGUGCAGAACGGUCUUGUGAGUAAUUGGCCACAUUCUCUUCUUGGUAAUGUCAGUGUAUACCCAGAGCAGUAGGAUGGAUAAGCUUUCUGAUUCAAGUGAGCCCAGGCUGAAAUCAAAGGAUUUUAACUGCACUUUAGUGUCUCCGUUGAGCAUAGUUGGCAGGUUUCAGAGCACAAAACUCAUCAAGAUUGAAUACAAAUAAACAGUUUACAAUGCCAAAGAGCAGCAGACCAAAAAUUUCAUCUUUCUGGAUAAAAAUCUGUUCAUAAUUGUGUUCUUGUGAGGACAAAGACCAUCUUUUUAAGUUGUAGCUUUCUUUAUGGGAUUUUUCUCUUUCUAAUCUGUCUCUUGCCCUCUUCUCCAGCCAUCUAUCCCUCUUGCCAGCUCUUGUACACUUCUGCCACAUCUAUUUUCUCAUUUAAAGCAGAGUAGGGGCCAUCUCACUUGAUUUUGGUUGGGUUGAGGCUCCCAGUAGCUGGUGGGGAAAACUGCAUCCCUCUGCCAGUGCUGGUAUCUCACCGAGCGCUCACAUCCCUGUCGAAAAUGGGGCCCUUGGAAUUGCACCCUGAAUGAUGGUCUAUAGUUGCUGUUGUCCCCGCAAUACUUGGUUUGGUGAAGAAAUUGUGGCAUGCCUUAGAUGUCAGCUGUGUAUCUCUUGGGGUUUUUUACAGCAAACCAAAUGAAGAAUGUGAAAUGUAAUUAUCCGGUACCAUGUUCUUCAAUUCUAGGUGGUGCUGCUUUUCUUAAAAAUACUGUCCUGUCCCAUUUUUUUGUAAGAUCUACGCAUUGAAAGAUCCAGCAUGAGUUUUACUCAGACCUUGAGAAAUAAAAAAGCUGUUAAAUACUAUGGUCAGAGCUGGUAUUCAGAGGGAAAAAAAGAUACCUGUAAGAUGAAUAGGGCCAGGUUUUAGGUAAGCAUGCAUCUUCCCUGGGUUCAGUGAAGGUUCAAGAACUUCAGCAGUAUCAAGUUGAGAUGGGGAAAGUUAAGUGCAUCUCAGUGUCUGAAACCAUUGCUAACCUGAUAUUUCAGUGGAAAAUUCUUUGAGAGCUUGCCAUUUUAAACUGUAUGCCAAUAACUAAAGGAUAACAUUAAAAGCUCUUUUCUGUAGCUAGAACUUUAAAAGCAUUGCUCUAAGUUUCUUUAAAAGUGUGGUUUAUAAUGCUAUUAUACUGCUAGCAUGGUCUUGUGUUUUACAUUUUAAUGAUCCUGAGAAGAACAACAUUUCUUUUCUUUAUCUUGAGUACAUGAUACUAGAUGUCUCCCAGCCAUUGACAGAACUAGUUUCUGUUCCUCUGUGACUCUUGGAGCUGGGGUUUCUCUGUGUCAUUUUCCUUAUUCAGUUUUGUCUUUUGUUUGUUUGGUUGCUCAUUUGUUUGGGUUUUUUUGUUGAUGUUUGUUUUAGGUUUUUUUUCCAGAAGUGCUUUACAGCCUUUGGCUGUGGUGAGUCUUGGACCUCUGCCACUGUUUAGCACUUUGGGAUAGACAGUACUGCAAGAAUAAUGUUUCUUUAGCUUUUGCACAACAAUAAAUAGAAAGUCGAGCUUAGUACCAAAUUGCAAAGACAGAGAAUGCACAUUUACCUCCAGCUACUGGGUUCCAGUCCCGGUACCAGCCGUUUACUUUGUUCUUUAACUUCUGCAUGAAGUGCAGCAGAAAUGCCAAGUCCUGCAGAAUGAAAUGGCUUUUAUUUCUCAUGCUGAGGGGGAAAAUGAGACUACAAAAGCAAGGUCACGACAUCUUUCUGGAGAAAGUUUGAGAUAUAUAGUAAAGUUAGGGAGAUUCUGCUGAGAAGUUCUUGGGCUGAGAGCUUUUGCUUAACACCCUGGGAGAUAGCAAAUGCAACAUUCCUGUAACAGUGGAAACUGUUUUCCCAUUUUUGUAGACUAUGUUUUCAUUUAUGCUUUGCUUUGGUUAUCUGCAAGCUGGACACCACUUACCUACCUAAAAAUACUGUCUGGAGUAGCUCAAGAUCAUGAAAUGUUACUUUAUAACUAACAUGUCUGCUGGGAAAAUCAGAGAUACUCAUUCAGAGAUAUUUUGUAGUUUCCCCUUCUUGAAACUGAAAUUUCUGCUUUGGGAUUAAAGCCUGAGUCCAGGCACUUAGACUGGAUUGAUAAACUUCAGCAGUGAAAGAAAGCCGAAGCUAAGGCAGAGCUUGUAAAGCUUAUAGCUAGAAUAAAAAUGAAUUUCUUAAGAUCCCAGUACUUGUCAUGUCCCACUGUGACCCUUCCAAAAUGGCCUCUAAGAUUUGAAAGUCCUUUCCAAAGGAAAGGUCCAUGGAAACAGCUUUGCCUAGGACAUCCUUGAGAUGGUGGCCCUGACUCCCCUGCACACAGAUGUCCUGCUAGAGCCUCUGGUUCUUCUCUGAGUCUGGCGCUCUUCACAAGCUUCCAGCACAUCUGACUUCCUCAGGGUGCAAAGGACACUUCAUGGACCAACAAAACUAGGAGAAACUAAAUUCAUGGAUCAAGGGCAUUGCACAGCAGCUCUGGGACACUGUACUGCUGUUUGCCUGGGUGUCAAUCCUGUGAGCUGUUUUGCCCUGCUGGACCUGCUCCUCCAUGGACAUCUCCAAGAUGCAGGCUGUGCCCAGGAGAUGUGUCCAUGUGCAAAGGUGGCACCUGCCCUGCUCCCCAUGGGGUGCUCCUGCCCCUAACACAAGGGGUGCAGGGACGCUUCCCCUGUAACUUUCCUCUGUGGCUGAAGCUUUGCAUGAUGCUCAGGUAAUGUGCUCUCAUGCUGCAGGAAGAGGAAAGUGCUCCCUACUCCAGGACUGGUAGCAUCAGGCAAAGCAGCUUAGCGCUUGUCAGGGUGAGAUGUGAGGAGGCUGUAACACACUGUUCUGCUGGCACAGGGUGGGAAUGUUUC